AUGUCUACAAUUGCAACUUUACUGGGUCUACGCUCCAGCACCAUGACGCCGGUGCCGUGUCUAGCACCCUAUCACGCCAUCUUCAACUUCAUGUUCGCCUAUGUGUUCCUCUCUUCACGCAUGCUCAAAUCGUCCUAUGGAAUUGACCACAACGUCAACCCUCGAGAAGAUGUGGCUCGGUUUGGAGAGAGGGCCGUCCAAGAAGGCAAAAUCACUCGAAAGCAACUCAACUUGCUAAAGCGCAAUGAAGCCGCUCAUGCCAACGCCAUGGAGCACUUUCCUGUGUUCAUCGGUAGUAUACUCUUUGCGGUCGUCGCAAAAGUCCCUAACGACACCAUCAAUCGUGCCUGCAUGAUCUAUUCGGUGGCAAGAUUAGUCUACGCGAUUGCGUAUUUGGCCGUGGACAAGGUGCAACUUUCAUACAUUCGGAGUUUGGCCUGGUGGGCGAGCAAUCUCAGUUGCGUGUACUUAUUCUGGCAGAGCGGUAGGGCUUUGAACGCUUGA